ACCUCCAGGCGCACAGGUAUUGCGGACCUCAAAUAGAAACAUGGCCGCUUGCUGCUUAUUCUCCCCUUUCCGGGACUUUCAUCUGCACACAGAAGUACUAAUUCCACUGCCAGCAUGCUGUGUCGAUCGCCAUAGCAGGUGCAAUGUUGCUGGACAUGUUGACCACUGGUGCUGCCGCCAAACACGGCCAUGAAUGCUCACCACCACGGCGCCUGCCCUCGCCGGCGAACACUAAGAAUGGCGCCUACUCGCUGGCUCAGAUGCCGCUCUCCAUUCUCGGUUCCGUGCUGAGGUACCAGACCCCGUCGCCGGCGACAUCGACCCAACACGGAGACAACACGGAGACACCCACGAAGCAUGUAACGAAUGCAGCCUCUCCUAUGCUCUCCCCCUACAGCCCUCCCACCAACAUCGACUCUCACGCCCCCUCUCGGCCUGGCUCCUCUGGCAGCAGCGCAGUUGCCGACGAGAAGCCGAAGAAGAAGACGCCCCGCCCUAAGACAUCCUUCAUCAUCGCCCACCCACCCCCGACCGUCCACCCGCGUUCCAAGUUGCACAUACGCCCCAAGGUGCAAUUGCAGCUCCAUCAGAUCCUCAGCUCCCAACGCCCUAAGCCCGUAUACGAAGUCAUUCCCUUUUCACUGCUCGCUCCCCGCUCGACACGCCGUCUUACUCGCACCUUUAACACCAGGGAAAGGCUAGGCCACAGUGACCUGCUCGUUGUGAAGGCCGCUGCAUACGGUCAGACUGACGAAGAGCACAAGUCCGAUGACGAACGAUGGGGAUCCAGAGAAGUAAUUGCCGUCAUCUGCCCGGGUAAGACUGAAAGAGGUCAAGUCGUCAGCAACACGGAGAUAUGCAUGGACGACGGGACGAGCCGCUGGGAGGUGACCUCCAUGCCCAACGGCGGCUACGAGUUCAACUCCCUCGACGAACAUGGCCUGGCCAUGAAGGCACGUUGGGUCGUGAAGCCUCCCAACUCUCGACGCAUUUCUGGCCUCUCUGUUAACUCCCAGUUCUCGCCUGGCCUCCCACCGAGCAAGGACGACGCUAAAUGGAAUUUCAGCGCCAUCAGCGCCAAUUCUAGACGUCACCCUGUCAUUGCCAGCAUGACUCGGACUCGUAUCGACGUAAACGACUCGUACACCAUGCCGGCUGCCACGCAGCCGUCGACACCCAGUGUACAGGUGCCCACGUCACCCGCCCUUACGCCUGCAAGCAUCGACGCUACUUCCUUCCUCGACGCCAUCGAUCGAUCUCCGAUCAAGACCGAAGAAGCGCUGCGGCGCUUCAUUGUUGUCAGCGGCAUCUGGGUUUCCUCUCUGCACGAAAGUUAUGAGCAUGCUAGUUCUCCACUUUGUCCCUCAUUCAACACUUCUGGUAACAUUCGUCCUCCAGUGUGCCGCACAGUUUCCAUGUCCUUCCUUGACUCGCCGCGCUCGGCAUCUCCAGCUUCGAUCGACGAAAAUGAGAAGUCUAUUCCUAAGCUGCUUCGGAACACCUCGCAAAGAUUGAGCCGUAACGCAAGCUUUAUCGAGCCUCCAUCGUCUCCUAUGUCAGCUAAGAUAGCACCCUCCUCUCCCACCAUCAAGACUCGCUCGCGACGCGCGAAUUCUACUGGCACACACAACCUUUACAGUUUGACUGGCAGCUUAAAGAAGCGCUACGGUAUCCCAUCUCAAGUCGAAACGCUCUCAGAGACCGAAGAAGACAAGGAGAACAAGCGCAGCGAAGAGAUCUCACGACUCAAGCAACUGGCAUUUCCAACACCAAUCGAGGCAUCACCAGCCGAGAUUCCCGCAGUCGAAGCUCCUCCGCGACUGCCCGUUCUCAUCAUACCCACAACAACCGUCAUCCGCCCCUCGACCGAUGGACCAGCAUCUCCCAUACUUCUUCCUUCGCCGCAGCUGCCGGAAUCAGACCGCACGCGUAAAACUCAAUCAGCAUUCAAUCCCAUCAUUACUGCUGGUAUGUGGGACUCCGGGGUUACCGACGGACCAGGCUUGAAGAGACGACCUACCAGCAUGUUUGUCAUGAACGAACGUAAGAGGAAGGAGGAGAAAAAGCGCGGGCGCAGUGAGGGGAGGAGUAAGAAACAGGAGAGGGAAACGCUGGAUUUCAGCACGAGCAAGGAGGACUUGAAGAAGGGCAACAAAGAGGACUGCACGGGCAUGGGGAGGAAAUUUAAGAACAGCCUCAAAAGCAUGUUUGGGCGGAAGGGGAAGACCUGAACGAUGUUUCGUUACGUUUUGAAUAUCUUGCAUGGCGGACUGGAUAGCGAGUCCUGCCUGGCGCUUGUCUUGGAUACUGUUCCCUACAUUUACUAUCACUACUCAAGAUCGAUCAAUUUCCUAGGUGCGCACACUCUACGAUACCCAACUAUCUGGUACUGUUCAAACCAGUCUACUCUUCGCAGCCCUCAACCCCUCCUCAGCUCAUUCUGUGACCCUCCGCCCUCGGCCGAGACCAGCAAUUCUUCUCACCGUCCUUUCAAAUGCGACACCUAACGUCGUGCGUGCUACCAAGGUCGGUACGAAUGAAAAAGCAAAACUCUCAC